UCAACCAAGACAAGCCUUUGUAAUACUAUGAAGUCAGCGUUUCGAAACGCCUUCUACUCCUACUACUUCACACUCUCAUCACGCUCCUUAAACCCUAACCCUACACCCCUCUCUCCCCUCAUUCUCUUCCCUCUUCGCUCCUCCAUUUCCCCCAAUUCUCUCUCCUCCACACUCUUCAAGCUUCGAUCAUUCUCUUCGUCCUCUUCAAUGGCGGACGGUGGAGGUCACGCGCCUCCUUCUCCUUCUUCUACCCUGGAGAAACAGUUCCAAGAUUUCCGUCACCAUCUCGAAGAUUCUGGAAGCUUACGCGAUCGCAUUCGAGCUGUCGCGAUGGAGAUUGAGUCCGCUUCCAGGCUCAUGUACUCUAGUCUCCUCUUGGUUCAUCAGUCUCGCCCCAUUCCUGAGGUGUUAGAGAAGGCUAAGGCUCAGAUUGGGGUGCUGAAAGAGCUUUUCCAUCGACUUGCUGAAAUUCUUCAUGAAUGCCCUGGGCAGUAUUAUAGGUAUAACGGUGAUUGGAGGAGUGAGACACAAACGGUAAUCUCACUGUUGGCCUUUAUGCAUUGGCUAGAAACAGGGAGUCUUCUUAUGCAUACUGAUGCUGAGGAAAAACUUGGUUUGAAUAAUUCUGAAUUUGGUCUGGAUAUUGAAGACUAUCUUAUUGGAAUUUGUUUCAUGUCCAAUGAAUUGCCGAGGUAUGUGGUGAACCAAGUGACAGCUGGGGAUUAUGAUUGCCCAAGAAAGGUCUUGAAAUUUUUAACAGAUCUUCAUGCGGCAUUCCGCAUGCUUAAUCUCCGGAAUGACUUCUUGCGCAAGAAGUUUGAUGGAAUGAAGUAUGACCUACGAAAAGUUGAAGAAGUUUACUACGAUGUUAAAAUCCGAGGCUUGGCAGUUACUGGGGAUUCAAGGGAAGACCAAGGAAUCCAAGGACAGUCAUAAGUUGGGUAAGUUAUCUAAUUUUCCUGUCAAUCUUGUCCAUUGUAUAUGUGGAGGAUAAUUUUGUUCUUGGCAAAAACCUGAAUUGGUCAGAGGCACUGUGUCUUGCUUGCCCCCAUAUAUUGAUUGAGGAAGCUACAUGUUUUGCUAUGAAUAGAAUGGAACGAAAAAAUGAUUUUGUUGAGAA